AGCGAUUUGGUCUUUCUCAAAAUCCAAAGCAUCUAACCUUUAUCAGCAACUAAUAUAAUACCAAAUAUAGCCAGAUGGGCAGCUGAGACUUUAAUCUCAUGUUCGCCGUCAAUAUUUGUAAAAUAAACGUGGCGGAUUAUCAGAAAACCGAGUUUAAACUAAAGGAAGUACAAAGGACACAACGAUGAGAAGAGGGAUCCCAUCAGCCCCGGAGAAAGUCAUAAUCGCAGGGGUUGGUGGCUCUUCGCUGGACAGAAACAUAGUUUUAACAGCACUAUCCGAUCGCUUCACCUCUAAUCUGUCCACUACCACAUAUAUACAGAUUAUAACCCCGCCGCCGUGCGUUACACAGACUUCCAAUGUUUGUCUGUCCGACCCUUCAACAGCCAGUUUAUACACGACUCCAAACGGAAUACAUGGAACAGGACAGCGACCCACUUUAGGACGACCACCGGCAAAAAGGCGGUUGGCGCUAGAUGACACUGAUCACCUUUACAUGACUGAAGGAGCCAAAACCCCCAAGACACAAAAUGGAACUCCACUUGGUAUUUUAAAAGGAAAUAAAACUCCGAAGUCUCCAGCAGAGAAGACGCGGUACGACACCUCCUUGGGCCUCCUGACAAAGAAGUUUGUGGAGCUUUUGGCCCAGUCAUCUGAUGGCGUGGUGGACCUGAAUCAGGCCUCCGAGAUCCUCAAAGUCCAGAAGAGGCGUCUUUACGACAUCACCAAUGUUCUUGAGGGUGUCCACCUCAUUAAAAAGAAAUCUAAAAACAACAUUCAGUGGAUGGGCUGUAGUCUGUCUGACGUGGGGAGUGUUUUGUCUCAGAGACAGACCCUAAGCAGUGAAAUAACACAACUUGUCCAGGAAGAGCGCAGACUUGAUGAGUUAAUACAAAGCUGCACUCAGGAAGUCAAGCGGAUGACAGAGUCAUCGCCAAAUCAAAAAUUUGCAUAUGUGACAUAUCAAGACUUGCGUCACGACCGCGGCCUGAGGGAUCAGACAGUGAUUGUGGUCAAAGCACCGUCAGAAACAAAACUAGUGGUGCCAGAUCCCCAAGAGGGUCUGCAGAUGCACCUGACCAGCACAAAGGGUCCUAUAGAUGUCUUCCUGUGUCCAGAUGAGAACCCGACUGACAGUCCUGUGAAAAACGGCAGUUGUGUUGUCAAGGGCAGCUCCUCACCUUUCAUGAAAGUAUUAGACGAUACUAGUUCUGGUCCAGCUGUGACUGUUACCAGCCUGUCUCCCAUCACGUCCCCAUACACCAGUCUCCUUCAGCAAACAGAAGAUCAGAUCCCCUGCAAUGAAGCACCCUUAAUCAGCCUGGGUUCCCCUCCGUUCAGUGACGAUUACCUGAUGAGCCUAGAGGAGGAAGAGGGAAUCACAGACCUCUUCGAUGACCUGGACAGGCUUCCAAAUCUAGAUGACCUCUUGUGCAAUUGAGGUCGUUCCUACCCCAUUCAUCAACUUUUAGGUUUCAGGCCUGACCUGAUCAAGCAUCUGCAACCCGUUAUGGGAUCCAUUUUUGUCAACAGCCUUAAAGAUGGAGUUCUUGAGUCAGGUUUUCUCAUCCGCUCAAGUUUAGAUCUGCCUUACAGAGCCAGGCAUGGAAAAAACCUUCUCUCCAGCUGUAAUCGUUAUUGUUCUCCAUUCAUGGGCUUUAUGGAAUACUAUCACUGUCAUGUGAUGUUUGGGGAAUGUAAUAUCACUUCCAAAUGUGAUGGUCUUCUUCAUGUUUAAGGUAAAUGGGACAGAACUAUUUUAUAUUUUGAGUCUUUGAAUGGAUUGGUCCAUUUUGUGGUCUCAUUGGUUCCUGUAGAGAUUGAUGUCGGUUGCUUCAAGUUGAAACAUCAGCACAACCUACUAUAUUACAUAAACACAUUCACACUGACUGUUAGCCAAUUCACCUCCAGAAGUGGCACAUGGGUGAAUCUCACAAAGAUAAUGUCAUAUUUCACCCCAAAAUCAAAAGAGAAAAAUACAACAUUUAAUUUAGCAUAAAAAGGCAAGUUAUUUUAAGGAACAUUCAGAUUUUUUGCAUUGAAACUUGGUCAAUCGAGUAAAGUUUCCCCUGAAAUUCUCAAUCUUUUUCUCUUCAGUCUAAUCAAAUUAACCAUCCUGUUGUUAUUAUUAGGGUAGUUUAAAUGCCCUUAAUUGUCAAAAAUCCCAUAAACUUGGCUUUAAAAUUACUCUGGACAGUUUUUGUGAGAUUUACCCACUGAGGGCCACUGUUGGCUUCUAUCAUUGUGAUCAGUUGUCUUAAUCAUUGAUGAGUUAAAAGCUAAGGUGCGUUCAGGAAAGAUCCUGAGUGGUGACUUGAACAUUUUCCUUCAGUCUCAUCUUAAUGCCUAUAGACCAGAUUUAUGGGUAUGAAUGGAAUCGGACUGCUUUGAACAGAUUACACUGUUGUAAGAGAAAGUCCAGACAACUUUAAUUGUUUCUUAGAUGGCCAGUUGCUGUGCUCAAACCCCAAACUUUAAAGUACCUGCAGAAUUUUGUCCACUUGCAAGUGGAUAUUUUUAUUCACACCUAAACCAUUGUGUUUAAUUUCAACAAAGAGAGUCUUGAUUAGAUGGAAUGAGUGUUUUUUUUUUUUUUUUACUUUGCUCAAUCUGCUUUUAAAUGCAAGGCAGGUGCCCUUGAUUUAAGGAAUAUUCCAAAUUCAAUGCAAGUUUAGCUCAAUUGACAGCAUUUGUAUAUUGAUUACCAAAAAAACAUUAUUUUGGCUUGCCCCUCCUUUAUAAAAAUAAAUAAAUAAGUAAAAGCAAAAAUCUGGGUUACAAUGAGUGACUAACAAUGGAUGUGAAAGGGGGGCAAUUUUUAACUAUUAAAAUACUGUUUCAAAGGUAUAGCCACUAGACGGAAACUAUGUUGUUAACACGAUUAUAGCGUGAUAAAAAUCGCUUGCUAACCUUUUCUGUGUGAAGUUAUAGACAAUUUUACAACUUCGUUGCAAUCAGUGUAAUUUGAUAAAGGCACAAGGUACUAUAUUCUACCUCUGAACGUAUAUUUAUGGUAUCUAAUAUACAAUGAUAUUGCAUUUUUACAUUUAUUUUAUUCAUUUUCAUCCCCCAUUUCCAAAUCCCUCGGCACCACCUAGCUGCCACAUAAAACUAUGAACCCCUACCCGAGUCUGUGAUGUUUAUUUGGGUACAUUGUAGUUGAGCUUUUUCUUUAACAAAUAGUCUGUUCUUGUUUCUGGUUUAAAUAAUUCUGGGGGAAAAUCAUUAGAAAUUGGUUGCUUGUUAAAAUCAUGCUUUUUUGUAUUUGGGCAGUUAGUGAGUGGCUUGCAGAAUUCAGUACAUGCACCAACCAUAUUUAUUUCCCCGCUGUAGGAUAAUUCAAUUGAUAUACUUGUAUAAUUGAAGUUAAAUACAUGAAAAAUGAAAGAGCUAGAAUUUAAGUAUUUAGCAUUAGUCCUGCGCUAAUGCAGUAGUAGAACUUGCGUCGAGAGGAAUAGGAACCCUAACUCUCAAACUAAGAUACUAGCAUGAUGAGUUAAUGGACAUGUGUUUGAUGUGAUUAUAACAGGGAAAAUCAUCAGAUAAAUUGACUGUUCACACAAGAAAAGUGACAUUUGUCAAAUCAAAUGCAAUGGCUUGCUCCCUGUUUUAGUAUUUUGUAAUAGUGGUCUACAUAUUAAGUUUAAUGGCUGGUUUACAAAUAUUGGGCUUUUGUAAUUGACCAGAGCUGGCUGUGGUAGAUAAAUCAGACUUAAUAUGGAUGAUAAAUCAGAGUUUUAUAUUAGCCUUUAAGCUAAUAGCACAUUACAGCAUAUAUAUUUAUACAGUAUAUUUGAUAUUCUGCAGUGGUACAAUGUUUUAGGGUUUUUUUGUAACAAGAUACAUUGAUGUUUCUGUUAGGUUAUAUUGCUGUGGUCAUCCAUAUGUCAUGUUCAGUGCAGCUGUGCAAAGGCAGAACAGUCUAACUACACACAAAAUUGGAUUUGGAAACUGAUUUGGUAAUGUUGAGUGAAGGUUAAGACCACAAGGAAGAAACCAAAGCUUUGUCAAUGUUUUCUCACAAAUGAUUUAUUUUAUAUAUUGAUUUAACCCGUGAGCGUAAAGGUUGGUAGCACUCAGUAUUGCACAAAUUGAAGAAGAAAAAAAUGUAAUUGUAAAUAUCCACAAAUGAUGGUGCAGCUCUUCAAUAUUUAUUUAACAUGUGAAUUAAACCGGAAUUUUACCUAUUUAAUUAACUAACCUUUAAACUGUACUACAUCAAAAUUUUUGAUAGCCAGUGCAGUUUCUUUACAUGUUUGUCAUGCUUUAUUUUAUUUUAUUGUGUGUAUUUUUCUCAUGUUUUCUGACAUAGUAGGAAUGGAUGAGACAAAUGUGUAUAACUCUGCUACAUGUAAUGAACACAAUCCUAUUCAUAGUGUAUUUUCUUUUGAUAUUCUAGCAUGAAAGCAACUGUGAUGUGAAAAUGUGUCAAAUAUUAGGAUUGCGUUUCUAAAGUGUAUUUGAUAAGAUUUAAGCUUUGUAUAUGCAAGUUUCUUGACUGCUUUGAUAUUAAUUGUACAUAUAGAUUUGAACAGGAGCUAUUUGUGGGAAAACAGUUGAGGGUAUUUUGUCCCUUAUUCUGAUAGUUUGAAAAUUCUCAACAUGAUGAAAUUAAAGCAGUAUCACAUGUGAUAA